AUGGCCCCGAAGAUCAACAGGCUCAUUUGUCAAUUUCCAAACUGCAAGCGUGUUUUCCAAAACAAGUCGGGCCUCACUCAGCACAUACACACCAAGCAUCCAUUACCCCCGCAAACUCAGGAAGAACUCAAUCAAACAGCUCCACCUGCAGGUCCCAGUUUUAUUCCUCCAAGGGAACAUUCUCCCACUCAAGCGGAAAAUUGGGGUAUCAACGAGCAGGAUGAGGCAGGGUUUGUACCUGAGGAAGGCACUUGGGUGGACAUGGGGCGUUUGUUUCAGACUUUCCAUCCACACAUGACCGCACGCAAAUCCGAUGUUAAUGGUACAUUUAUCGACCAGGAUGCACCCCUGCUGCCUCGUACAGAUGCCCCAUCAACUGACUGGACGCCCUAUAAUGAUAGGGUCAAAUUCAAGACUGCAGAGUUUCUAUUUACAUGCAACCAGAUGUCCACCAAACAAAUUGACACUCUACUCGACUUAUGGGCCGUGACUCUGAUAAAACAUAACAAUGCUCCCCCUUUUGCUAACCAUAAGGACAUGUAUGCUACCAUUGAUGCGACACCACUCGGGGAUGUCCCCUGGAAGACGUUCUUGAUGUGUUUUAAUGGAAUCAAGCCCGAACAAAAUGUGCCACCAUGGAUGACUGUACAGUAUGAUGUAUGGUAUAGAGAUCCACUGCAAAUUGUGCAUGACAUGCUUGCAAACCCUGCCUUCGAUGGAGGCACUGAAUACUCACUGUACCAUGAUUACACCAGUGACUGGGCAUGGAACCAGGCGGAUCUCAUUGCCAAAAACCAAGAGACUUGUGGUUUGACAUUUGUGCCAUUGAUUAUUGGCAGUGACAAGACAGUUGUAUCCAUCGCUACAGGCCAAACAGAAUACCACCCACUAUAUCUUUCCAUUGGCAACAUCCACAAUAGUGUACGAUGCGCGCAUCACAGAGGCGUUGUUCUCAUUGGGUUCCUUGUGAUAUCAAAAUCUACAAAGGAACACAACAAUGAUACUAACUACAGGAACUUUCGACAUCAACUCUUUCAGCAGUCACUCGCCAAAAUAUUCGAGUCUGUGAAACCAUUCAUGGAAACCCCCGACAUCAUGUGCUUCCCUGAUGGUGUUGCUCUCUGGUGUUGUGCAGAACUAGUGUGUCUGGCAAACAGCAAGGACCUUGAUGGUGGUCAACCAUGUCUGCAUCGACGUGAAGUGCACACUGAGCUGCUCAUCAAACAGCUAACAUAUAAACAGGUUUGGCAAGAGUACAGUAUCAUUGGUGAUCUUGUCCCAUUCACUAAUGAUUAUCCUCGAGCGGACAUCCACGAGCUCCUCUUGCCAGAUCUCUUACACCAGAUAAUCAAGGGAACAUUCAAGGACCACUUGGUUGACUGGGUAGAAAACUAUCUAAAUAUCAUGCAUGGUGCUCGCCGUGCAGCCAAAAUUAUGGAUGACAUUGACCGCAGGAUAGCAGCAGUAACCCCAUUCACAGGGUUACGGUGCUUCCCUGACGGGUGUGGAUUCCAGCAGUGGACUGGUGAUGACUCCAAGGCCUUGAUGACGGUGCGCAGUAGUCUUUGUUAUGACUCAGAUAGAAUCUAG